AUGUCUUUUGUCGUACUGUGGAAACUGGGGAAUGUCUCAUAUUAUUCGGGAUCUAAAAAGGGUUUUAACCGCAGUCAAGAAUCUGAUUACAACGGAAACGGCCUCAAAAAUGAAUCUGACAGAUUCACUCGUGACUUUGAAAGACUGAGCUCAAUCUCCGUUCGUUCUAUUCGGUGCAUAGUAAAUGAAAAGUUAAUACUCGGGUGCUAUUUGCUAAAACCACAAGAAGUACUCAUACCAUUCGAAUUAGUCCGUAAUUAUUUUAAGGUUUAUGGUUCCCUUGAUUUAUCGUCUAGCACAUUUUAUUGGAAUCACGCCAAUGUUGACAUCCCAAAACCAUAUUUGCAUAAACAUAAUCCUGUCGGUAUAUAUAUGCAGUUUCAUAAAUCCAAUGUAGAAAAACGAGAUAAUGUGAAAUUAAUCAUUGCAGAUGAAGGAGUACCAAUCAGUCAACAAUGGAAUUCUCGCGGUUAUCCAUAUCCAAUUCAAAUAGCACAAUUUGGCUUGAAUCAUUUCAGUCAAUUAGUAAUAUCAUCUGACCAAGCAAAAUUUGAAAAUGUACAAAAUGUGUCGUUGAACAAUAAAAUAAUGGAGUUAGAUCUUAUUGUUCCCAGUAAUAAUGUAAUUCAUCGUUGGGCUGAUAAAGAGUUUAUACAUAAAUGGAAUGACAGACUUAUGUUAUCAGUUGAUAAACUGAACUCCUAUGGUCAAGUAUUGUCAAUAAUCCCGAAGCUUCAAGAGUGGGAUUAUCUCAUUAUGAUUGGUCGUCAGUGGACAUAUGGAAGUUAUAUUGAAUUAUCACUUUUAUGGUAUCCUCCAGUUGGAAGUUAUAAGAAUCACCCCACAAAAAGUCUAAUUGUAUACAAUUGUUCAUCAUCUCCAAGUAGACAUCAAACCUAUGCCACUAUCCUUCAUAAUAAUAAAGUCACUUAUUGGAUGCCUGAAUGUGAAAAACAAGCCAAGAUAUAUGGAUUUGUUGAUAGUAUCAAGGUAGCACGUGAUCUUUACACUGAUUUAAUGAAAGUAUUCUACGCUCAUCGAAAGUCAACGGAAUAUAAUGGUUUUAGUAGUAUGAAAUUAUUGAGUACUGUUAAUGAUACUAAAAAUCCAUCCCAUGUACAAGUAUUAGAUAUAAAUUUCUAUAUUAAUGCUCAAUAUAACACUAAUGAUAUCAUCAUAGAAAAAUUAUACCUUGGUAAAUUAACCAAUUUACAAUUAAUAUUUCCAACUGUAAAUAAAAUAAAGUUGGCAGAGAAAUUAUUUCAUGAAAUACGUUUUAUAUCUGCUGCUGAUUGGUUUAUUAAGCAUCAAGAUAAAAAGACUGGUGGUUGGUCUGUUAAUGUUCAACGUUCAUUGAGUGGUAGAAAAGCUCUAAAACCUGGAUGGUAUUCUGCUAUGGGUCAAGGUCAAGCGAUUUCGCUUCUAGUUAGAACUUAUAAUUACACUGGGAACCCAUUAUAUUUGGAAGCUUGUCAUCGUGCAUUAGAUUUGUUUAGUGUAAAUAUAAAUCAUGGAGGUAUUCGUUCGUAUUUCCUCAAUCAAUCCGAUUUAGUAUGGUUCGAAGAGUACCCGUUUGAUCCUCCCAUUCAUAUAUUAAAUGGGUUUAUUUAUUCACUCAUAGGUUUAUAUGAUUAUACCAAAUUAUUGGUGAACUCUCCAGAUCCUUUGACUUCAUCCUAUCUUUUGAAAGCUCAAAAUUAUUUAGAUUUAGGAUUAACAAGUUUGUCCAAAUUGCUCCCGCUAUUCGAUUCUGGUAGUGGGAGUUUCUAUGAUCUUCGUCAUCUUUCAACGGACUAUAAUAAUAAACCGGUGAAACAAGGUCGAUCUAAAUUUUCUAAAAGUCCUUUUCAAUUAUCCACUGGACCCAAUCGAGCUCGUUGGAGUUAUCAUUCUGUGCACAUUAAACAACUUCAAACUUUGGUUGAUUUAGAUCCAAAACACGCUAUUCAAUGGAAUACUACAGCUAAUCGAUGGAUUGCUUAUCUUCAAGGUUUCAGAUCUAUUCAAAAUUAA